UUGCGCCGCCGGCCCCGGCCGAGCCACUUCCACGCUUGACGCUUCUCCGAGACAAAAAGGGGCAAACCACACCCCAGGACGGAAGGGCCCCCGCGCCGCCGCCGCCACCAUGGACGCCGCCGCAGCAGCACGCCGCCUCCGUGCCUUCAAGCGGUGGAUGCGCGCGCACGGCGUCGUCUGCAGCGACGCGCUCCGCCUCGACGCCACCGAUCCCCUCGGCGUACACGUGUGCGCCGUCGCGCCGCUCCGCGAGGGCGACCUGGUCGCCACCAUCCCGCGCGGGGCGUGCCUCACCCCGCGCACCACCGGCGCCGCGGGGGCAAUCGAGGCUGCCGAGCUCGGCGGGUGCCUCGCGCUCGCGGUCGCCGUGAUGUACGAGCGCGCGCGCGGCGCCGAAUCGCCGUGGGACAUCUAUCUCCAACUGCUCCCGGACCGCGAGUCAGUGCCGCUCGUGUGGUCCGCUGACGAGGCAGAGCGCCUGCUCGCGGGCACCGAGCUAGACAAGAUAGUGAAGCAGGACAGGGAAUUCCUUUGUGAGGACUGGAAAGAAUGCAUUGAGCCCCUGAUAUCAUCUGGAGAGCUGGAUGUUCGCCCAGAUGAUUUUAGCUUGGACAAAUAUUUCUCUGCAAAGACUCUUGUUUCUUCAAGGUCCUUCCAGAUAGAUAGCUAUCAUGGAUUUGGAAUGGUUCCAUUGGCUGACCUUUUCAAUCACAAGACUGAUGGUGAACAUGUACACUUCACGUCUGCAUCAGAUGACUCAGACGGUGAAGAUCAUGAUGAACUAAGUGCUGCUUCUGCUGAUGACCAGUCGACUAUAGAAAAUCCCACGAUCAGUCCUUCAGGCUCAGGAGUUGGCGAUGAAGAUUUGGAAAUGAUUGUUGUAAGAGAUGCCAAUGAAGGGGAGGAGGUGUACAAUACAUAUGGUACAAUGGGGAAUGCUGCUUUGCUUCAUAGAUAUGGUUUCACAGAACUUGACAAUGAAUAUGACAUUGUCAACAUUGACUUAGCAAUGGUCACUAAGUGGUGCACAUCCAUAUUCUCCGGUCGGCAUGCAAGAGCAAGGGUAUCGCUAUGGCGUAAUCUGGGUUAUUCUGGUUGUAUUAGCCAGGAUGCUGAGUACUUUGAGAUUUCAUAUGAUGGAGAGCCCCAGCUUGAACUUUUAAUCCUCCUUUAUAUCAUCACUUUGAAACCUGAUGUUUAUGACAAGUUGAUCAGUGUGGCUCAUGAUUUAGUUGGCGAUGAAGAGCAUGAUACUAUUCGUAAGGUGGCUAAGUUUGUCAAAGUAACAAACUCGAUCCAAAGUUCUGAACUUAAUGGGCUUGAGGAACUGCCUGACGUGAAGAGAUUACUGCAUAGUGAGAGCACUUGUUCUGCACUUUUAUCACUUGCUGACAUGAGGGAGACUCUCUAUGGCUCAAACACUUUGAAAGACGACGAGGAAAAGUUGCAAGCAUGCUGCAUUGUCAGCGAAAGGAAGCUGUAUCAUUCUCUGGUGCUGCGGGUUAGUGAGAGAAGAAUACUUUAUAGAUUGCGAAAAUAUGCCUCUAGCAGGUCAAAGACCAAGAAGAGGAAGCAUCCCUAGUGUUUGAAGACAGUGUACUCACCUGGCGAAGUUCGAAUCUGGGAUAUCCAGCUGCUUGUAAUGUUUGCAUUUUGCGAUUACCAAGCAGAUGAAAAUUUUGUUCAGUUAAGAUAUGACAGAUUAGAUUGUGAGGUUGUUAGAAACUUAGAAUUGCGGAAACAUUCCAAUGAGCCAUUUCAGGCUUCUACUGUUGUAGCAUGUAAUCCUUUAUCUCUUUCUACUAUUCUUUCCUUGCAGUGGAGUAAACAUAAGGUAUGCACGGUGUUCUUUGGAAGAUUAGAUGCUUGUGGCUUGUGUAUGCAUUGUGUUCUUUGGAA